UCGCUGGUUACACCGCCAGCACUCGGUUGGUAGAAUGCCCGCGCUUCUCUCCGUUUCAGCCUUCCUCCUCGCUGCUUCCCUCGGCACCUUCACCUACUUGACUUUGCUCCACCGUUGCCUGAAGAAUCGGAUCGACCACGAAAAAUGCUACGGAUCUCUCCUCAGCUCAGAUUGCACCACCAUCACUACAAUUCCUCCCGAGGUCUACACAUCGGAAUACUACGCGCUCCAUGAUCGAGCCACUCGGCGGGUGCCGCGCCAGCUGCUCCCCCACCAGAAGGAUACCGACAUCUUGACCGUCUUCCUCCGUCGGAAUAUGACGGCCUUCGCGAACUUCCCCCAAGCAUACAUGUUGUGGGCGAUCAGUCCGGUCGAGAUCCGCCCCACGUUCCAAGCGUCGCAUAUUAGUUCCCUGAAUUUCGACAAGGGCGAUCUCAUUUGCGGAAUAUACCGUGUCUUGGAGCGGAGCGCGGACAAAGUCGAAUUUGGAAUGAUGCACAAAGAGGUCGAGGGGCGAUUGGUCGUCCGGCUCUGGGACGAGGACAAAGACGUUGUCUUUGCGAGUGAAACGGCGAUGUGGACAAGGAUGGACGAGAUGCACCGCGCCACAAUGCCACUUGAGAAUCCGGUGUUGCGCUUCUUUCAUGAACUUGCCGCGUGGUGGCUGUUGGAUUCCGGGGUCAAGUAUUUGGUUGAUCUGGACGGAGAAACAGACUCGGAAUGAUU